AUGAAAAACCUUUAUGGUUAUUUUAUCAUCUCCAUUGCAAUCUCUAUUCUAAGCAUAAUUGCAUAAGUCGAAAUAAUUUAAAUUGUAAGGCUGGCUUGUUGCAUUCUAAAUAUAAUUGCUAUAAGGAUCGAUAAAUUCGUGUUAUAUGGACUAGCUUUAAAUAAGAUAAUAUUGUUUUUGGUUGGAGUGCUCUCUUAAUAAAAUGAAAGCAUCCUUUAAAUUAUCCUUGAUGAUCAUUUUCUUCCCACUUAUUUAAAUAAUAGACUGCUUAUACUCAUAUGGAAAGUCAUCAGUGGCUUGGCUUCUACACUACUAGUCUGUUUGAAAUAUCAAAAUGAAGACCUUAAUUCACUCCCUACAACAAUACUUAUACCAUUAAUGUAUUUCCUGCCAUAAUCUCAACAGCUUUUUGAAGAAUAUUUCUCCUCUAAAGAUGAAAAAGAAAAAUUAUAUUCAAGUCCCAGACUCCCAAUAACUAAGGAGUACUUUCGUAUUCGUUCCAGAGUUGAAGAAAUUGAAUUCAACCCAAUAACUUUAGAUUAAAAUAUUUCCAUUGAUAUUAACUAAUUAAUACGUCGUAUAGCGUCUAGUUAGGAUAGGUAAUUUGUAUUAUAAGAGAUCAGCCUUUUUAAUGAAUAAGUUUGGAAAUUACGAAUGAAUGCUAUGCCUAUAGGUAUAUGCAUUAUAAGCAAUGAAAUUAAACCAAAAUUUAUGAAUAACACAUUAAUUAAUAUGAUUAAAAAGAAUUGUAUUGAAUAGAGUGACAAUAACCUUGAAACUAUAUAUUCAUUGUUUAUGAAUCAUCUUUAAUUUAAAAGAAUUGAUUACGUAGGACCUUAUGAUUUACCUCAUUCAGCUAUUUUUAAGAAUGAAAGGCAUAAUAUCAAAAAUCAAUAACAACAAGGUUCAAAUUUGUUUGAGGAUGAAUAAUAUUGUUUGAAAGACCUGAUUUAGAAAAUAGAAGAAGGAUAAAUAGAUAGAUGUUUAAAUGAUUAAGAAUAAAUUAUUGAGUUAUUUUCAACUUUUGAAAGUCCUAAUAAUCAAAGAUAAGUGUUUUUCGAUUGUAGAGUUCUAUUUUAAGAAAAAUAAAAAAUAGACUAUAUGGUUAUAAUUUAGGACUUUACUAAAUAAAAUGAAUUAUCAAAAUUGGAGGAAAAAAAUAAAUUUAAAACAAAAGUUGUUUAAUCAUUUUCGCAUGAAUUGCGAACUCCUUUAAAUAGUGCAACUAUAUUUUUGCGAACUGCAAUUGGAGAUACAAAAUUGGAUAAAAUAAUUAAAGACUAGUAUUUAUAACCAUGUUUAUCUGCUUUAAAAUUAUAAAAUCAUUUAAUUAAUGAUAUAAUAGAUUUCAGUCAAAUAAAUGCAAAACUAUUAGAUCUUAAAUUCAGUUAAUUCAAUUUAUAAAAAAUAAUUAAUGAAGUAACUGAAUAAUUUAAAUUUCAAUUCUAAUUUAAGUAAAUAGGUCUUGCCUUCGAAAUUAGCAGACCUAUGUCUCUCUUAACCUAAAUAAAAACAGAUUACCAAAGAUUAUUAUAAGUCUUAACAAAUAUUAUUUAAAAUGCAUUAACUUACUCAGAAACUGGGUAUGUAUUAGUAAAGAUAGACAGCUGGGAUUUAAAUGAGAUUGAAUUUUCUAUAAAAGAUGAAGGAAUAGGAUUGACAAGAAAAUAACUUACUUCAAUAAGAUAGAUUAUAAAUUAGGAACAAUAAACUACUACAAGAUCAUAAUAAUGGCAAGGAUUUGGCUUAAUAAUUUGCUAAAUGUUGUUGCGAUAUUUAUCUCCGAUUAAUCGAAAUAGUAUUAAGAUUGAAUCAGAUGGUUAGGAUACAGGAACAACUGUAAAAUUUAUAAUAUCAAAUCAUAUAUCAGCUUAAACAUAAGAAUAAACUUAUGGUUAAUAAUCAAAGAAAUCUAUUCCCAGAAUGAGAAGCAUGCCUACUUUGAGAGCAGAAUAUGGAUUAUUGAUUAGCAUUAAAUCAAAAUCUCCAAGCAAAAUUUUAUUGUCUAAAACAAGUGAAUAAGAUGAAUGUGAUUUAUCAAGUGCCUCAAUCAGAGAAAUUUCUGGUAAAAUACAUCGGUAUGAAUUGAAACAUUGUUCGAUUGAACUUUUAAAUUAAAGAAAGCCUUCAUGCGCUACUCCAUAAAAAAAUAAUAACAUUUAAAGCAAUAAUAAUAAUAAAUUAAGUAUUAGAUAAUCUUCAUAGUAAUUGUCAUUCAAAGAAACUGGAUCAACUCUUCUGUGUUGUAGUACUAUUUUAAGUGUUGAUGAUGAAGUUUUUAACCAAAAAUCUCUACAAUUGCUUUUAGGCUAAUAAGGGAUGAAUGUGGAUAUUGUAUAAAUAUUAUUAUGUCAAGUUAGGUUUUUAAUGGUAGGUAAGCAAUCGAGAGAGUGUAAAAUCCUACCAAAUGUUGUUCCACUUGUUCUGGAUAUAAGAUGAUUCUUAUGGACUGUUAAAUGCCUAUAAUGGAUGGAUGGAAAACAACUAGAAAACUAAGAGAAAUGAUGCUGAAUCAAUAAAUACCUAAAAUUCCCAUUAUUGGCCUAACUGCAUUUACAAGUAAUGAAGAUGUGGAAAAAUGCAAAUAAGCCGGGAUGUAGCAUGUACUUCAUAAACCAUUAGACAUUUAAAAGCUUUAAUUCAUUUUAGCUGAACUUCGUAUAAUUUGA